AUUUACAGAAAACUUGAAAAUUUAUAACGGUGACGAUUUCGUCAAAAGAGACCGCAGAUUAUAUAAGAAAGAUCAAUCCGAGAGUGUGUUGUCAUGGAGACACAUACAGUGUUUAAAUCGAUAUAUUUUCCUCUGUAUUCCAAAAUAAAUAUGGCUUUGGAUCUCGAAUUAAGUAAGAUUGUCGUUUCGUUGCAAGCGGACGAGAAGAAUCGUCGCAGACAGGCGUUAGAGGAAAUAUUGAAAAACAUAUCUCGGGAGGAAAUAUCGGGGAGACCGGACGAUCUAGUUAAAAUAUGGGAAAGUGUACACAGAUUUCUAGUUAGAAUCAUGAACGAUAGUAUGGAAACGUGCCGAGAUCUGUCUGUAGGGAUACUGAAAAUAUUUCUGGAAGCUUUGCCGCCCGACGACAAGCACAUAAUCUACAUUUUGCCGAUAAUGUCAAGACGACUGGGCAUGCAGGAACUGAUCGAACCGUCGGAAGAAGUGCGACUGAAAUGCGUCUCUCUUUUACGAUUGAUAAUUCUGAAGUACAAGGAUUUGUUGGUGCCGUAUAUUCAGGACGUGACAGGAAUAUUGGCACGCACCGUUACGGAUAAUUAUCCGAAUGUAAAGAAGGAGAGCUGCAAAUGUAUAUCCGACUACGCGAAGACUUUAUCGAGACAUUUCUAUUCGCAAUCGGAGUAUUUAAUAAAACCUAUUCUGAGUAAUUUUACGCAUCAACACUACAGAGUUCGGCUCGCCGCGGUUGAAGCGAUAGGCGAUGCGAUUCAGUAUGGAAAUAGCAAGUCGAUGGAAGAAGUGGCGACUCCUUUGGCACAGAGGCUCUUUGACCAAAGUGGAAUUGUCAGGGAAGCUGUAAUUGAAGUCUCCGGCUGCUGGUUGAUAAAGCUACCUGACAGAUACGGCUGGUGGCACAGACUUCUUCCCCUGAUCAUGACGGGGUUGCACGACGAACUUGUGGAGAUUCGUGCGAAAGCGGCAGAUAUGUGGGACGCUGCGGGAAAAUUGUAUAUGGAGGAAAACGAAAACGACGAGAAGUUGAAGGAUAAGAUGGACUUUCUCGCGGAAGACCCGGAGCAUUAUCCUCCAGAGGUUUCCAGGCCGAACUUAGGAUGUCGUGUGAUCGCGCAGCAAAAUUUAUGCAAGCUCAUUAGCGGUAUCAGCGCCGAACUUGGAGAUUGGUUGCCAGAUAUACGUGUGCGUUCCGCGCAAUUACUCUGUGUACUGAUAUUGAAUGUCGAGGAGAACGUUACGCAACAUAUUGAAAAGCUUCUGCCGCCUAUGUAUCGCGCUUGCAAUGACGAAGAUAAGAGGGUCAUCGGUUGCGUGGAAACUGCGGCGCGAUAUCUGGGCUACUUCGUGCAACCCAAGAUUUACUGCCACUUGGUGCUUCCCACUCUGGAAGAGUCUCCGACAACCGGACACUUGCGUGUCUUCGCGGCGAUUAUUAGCGGUAGCGAACGGAGGGCUCUGUCGCAACAGCUGAACGAGAUUGCGAACUUCUUGCAACAGCCGGAUAUCUGUCAGAGUAAAAAGAGCAACUAUCAACGGCAGAUACUGUCCUGCUGUAAUUCCCUUCUCGUAGUUUGCAAAGAGGAUUGCGUGGCAGUUACGCAAGCUUUAUUCGCCGUAAUAUUCACCACGUACGCGAUGAGCGCGGAGCCUUCCAUUCGUGAGGAAGCAGACAGGCUCUUGGAGAUACUCGUCGGUAUAAACUCGCUAAAGGACAUCGAGGAACUCUUCUACAAUCACGCGAGACCGCUGAUAAUGUCGAUUAGCGAUGAUUGCUCAUCGUGGACGGUUUACAGCGCGGAAUCGCAAAUUUUCUGCGCUUGUCUAAGCCGCGCUGGAGUCGCCAUGUCACGUAAUAUGGACCUUACGUUACCGAUCUUCGAGAAAACCAUGAGCAAGGACGCCGAUCCCGAGCUGAAGCUGCGACACUUUAUUCUGCUCUCGGAGUACUUUCUGAACAAUCAGAAUUUACAUCGUCAUAUCGAGGAUCCGCAUAGAUUCGUGAGCACGAUUGUCGAGCAAUUGAUCGUGCCCGGGCUCAUUUGGGCCGCUGGCAGAGCGGCCGAGGCUAUUCGCACGGCCGCCGUUUGCUGCCUCUGCGCCGUUCUACAGAACAAGAUAGUUAAUCCCGACGAGAAGGAUGAGAUUAACGAAGCGGAGUUAUUCGCGAACGAGAAAAACGAGAAAUCUAGAGCGUCCAUCACGGCGGAGCAGUUCCCGUCCAUCUUCGACGAGAUCGUGCCCGUUCUGGUCAGCCUGGUGGACGAUAAGGCGAAGAAGACUCGGCUGUACUCCAUGCGUGCCAUUUGUUUGUUAGUGACGAUUGGACAGAGGCUGUCCUGUCUGAACGACGCGCAUAUCCAUCGCACGUAUCCGGUGAUCCUGAAGAGACUCGACGACGGCUGCGACGACGUUCGCUACGCCGCGGUGGAGGCACUCGUGGACGUAUGGAGCGUCGCGUCAGAUGAUUACGACACUGUCGUCAGCAGGUGUCACGUCGAUGCCUUGUAUACGACGAUGAUUAUUCACCUGGACGAUCCGGAGCCUCGCUUCCAAGAGAUAAUGUUGGACGCAUUAAAGCGCGUCGCGAGAAUCUAUCCCGAGCUGCUGCAUCAAAAGCUGCACGGCUGCCGGCCGAAUUUCAGGAACAAAGCGGGAGUAGACGCGCUCUUGGAAUAUUGCCAGGCGAUGUCUGACCCUACGGGUGAUCAUGUAGAUGCGUUGGACGCCGAGGAGCCGGACGUGGAGUCCAGUUACAAGCCUCCGCCGGAGAAGUCCAUCGAGCAGAUCCUGGAGGCGGACAAGGAGGACGAGAGUCUGCGCAAGUAUAAGGAGACGCUUCUCGGGGAAGCUAAGUCCGGCGGUAUCGUAGUAGAUGCUAACGAUCCUAGAAAGGUAAUAGUGAAGAAAUUGGCGCUAUGCGUCGCCGAUCGGCCGGACAUGGAGCUGGACUUGACCGGCGAUUUGUCACAGCUGAAGAAACAGACGUUUAUCAUCAAGGAAGGCGUGAGCUAUAGAAUCAGGAUCGACUUUAUUGUGCAACGGGAGAUCGUGCAUGGAUUAAAAUACGUUCAAAAGACUUAUCGCCUUGGCGUACCUGUUGACAAAAUGACGCAUAUGGUAGGCUCGUAUCCUCCUAAAACAGAAAUACAGUCCUACACUACUCCAGCUGAGGAUGCACCAGCCGGCGUCGUCGCGCGGGGCUCUUACAGCGUCAGUUCUCUCUUCACAGACGACGACAAGCACGAGCACCUCAAGUGGGAGUGGGCGUUCGAGAUCAAGAAGGAUUGGAAAGACUAAAGGUUGUCCUCUGCUCCAUUUAGAACACAGAAAUCGGAGAGACGAUAAUUUACAAUUCCUAGCCUUACUACACUUCGCGAGUAAUGAUUAAGGACGUAAAAUGCCAAAACACAGAGUUGGAUGGAUGAUUUUUAAUAUCCUUUAGUUAUGGUCGACACGCGUUGCCAUAACAAUUGCUUAUACAUAUUUUACGUAAUAAAGGAGAAAGAGAAUAUAAUCGGUAUUUAUUAAGUUUUCUUCGUAAUUGAUUAGAUAUUCGAUUAUAGAAAUAGUAUUCGAGAAUUACGAAGUACACACACACACACACAUACAUAUAUAUAUACAACACACCAUAUUUUAAUCACUAGUACAAGCAGACAGCAGUAGUAAAAUGAUUUAAGCGAUACAUGAUGUGACAAACCGGUAUUCCCGGACAAAUUAGAUGCGUAGCGAGUGAAAUUUACAGUGAACGUUACAGCCAACGGCGUUGAUCCAUUAUAUAUUAUAUAUAUAAAAUUACUUAUUAAAAGUAAAAAGUGCUCUAAAGUAUUUAGAUAUUUGUACAACAUGGUUUUCGGAGGGCAAUCAGACUCUGCUCAAAUAUUUUGUACGUUUAUCACAUAUUUAUCACUUUCUACAGUGCAUAAAAUUAUAUGCUCUAUUUACUAUUUAAAAAAAAAAACUGGUGAGAGGGGUUACAAAGAAAAGCUAUAACGCUUCUGUUCUUUACUUCUACAGAUAUUGAGAUAUCUGUAAAAAUGCAAUAACUUUCGCGCUCUGAAAGAUUUUACACAAACUGCGUAUAUUAUAAUGUAUAUUUUAAUUACAGUAAUUACUCGCAAGCGAAAUAGAUUCUAACUAGAUUUCUCGUGAAACAACGCACCUCUUCCAGUUUUCACGGAGAUUCUUAUCGGAUAAUGAUGUAAAUCAUACAUGUGUGUUUCCCCGAUUGAAAGUUCCGACAACCAUGUUUCUUCGCGGAGAGUAUAUCGUAGCGAAUGUGUUAAUCUCGCAAUGCAAUUAGAAUUGUUGAGAAAACCCUAAUCACCCCCAGAAACGCGCACGUCACAUCGUCAGCUGAUCCGUGUAUAAAAAAAAAAAAAAAAAAAGAAAGUGUGUAUAACGUACGGCCGUACAGUGUUAGAGUGUGUGGCGUUUUUUCGAUAGUCACGUAACGGUCGAUCGUAUAGGCUAGGCAUUGCCGUGCAUUUGUAUAAUAAUGAGCGACGACGUGAAAAGAAGAAUAUAUAAUUAGAAUAGACGUUUUGUACCUUUGUUAUACGAGCUUCACGAGAGAAACAAAUAGAUCGAGAAUAGUUACCUCAUUGGAGAAAGUGGGGCGCGAAGUAUAUUGAUAUACGCCUAGAUAAAAUCGAGCCGUCUCGCAUUUUCUUUUCCCAUUCAGAUUUCAAGUCGUCAUAUUUUUCCAUUUACGCGUGACCGCGUUCCGAUUGUGCCCUCACGAUAGUGUCUUAUAUAUCGUCAAACAGAAGUCACCCCCAGCUUUCCCUUUUUUUUUUUUAAUGCAUUCGUACCUCGUAAAUGAAGAGAGAAAGAAAAAGAGAGAGAGAGAGGAAGAAAGAAAGAGAGUACACGUCUUGGAGAUGCCUGGAAUUAAUUAAACUUGAGAUUUGUGUGUACUUCAUCGUGCUUUGUAUACCAUGUGUAUUCAUUUGUUAUUAUAUGGCGCAAUAUACCUAUUAUUGUACGCGGCGAAUGCGAUGAUUGUAUAGCAAAAUAUACAACUUAUGUCAAUA